AUGGCAUCGGACCCGCCUGAUGGAGAGUCUUUACCGUUCGUUUAUUCGGAGCUCACGAACGCCCUGCGGGAGCAGGAGGCGUUUGGAAUCAAGAACGCGGCGAUCACCCACUUUUCGUCUUUCGAGGCUGUAGCUCACGUUGUCUUACUCGAAGGGAGGACGGUGGUCGUCUCGCUUACUUCAGGAGGAUACACCCUUGGCGUUGAGCCAAAUACGACGUUUGAGACCAUAGAAGCAUUGUUGCAAUGCGUUAGUCCCAUGUACCUUGCCGCAAGGCAGGCUGCGCUCUCGAGCAAAUUGGAUCUGCUGUCUUAG